AAGGAUCGGGAGCCAUUUUGUGGCAUUUAGUACGUGCACUUGGCAAGAAGGAGGUGUUUACGGAGGCAGCUUGUCCAGUUGUGCUCCAACAGUCAACCUUACGAAGAGCAAGAAGAUGUCUCGUUACCGUGAGUGGGACUUGUCCUGUAAAGUAUAUGUGGGCAACCUGGGCAGCAGUGCCAGCAAACAUGAGAUCGAAAGUGCGUUCAGUAAAUUUGGCCCACUAAGGAACGUAUGGGUUGCCAGAAACCCACCCGGCUUCGCCUUCGUAGAGUUUGAAGAUCCACGAGAUGCUGAGGAUGCAGUGAGGGGAUUAGAUGGAACGCGCUGUUGUGGCACCAGAGUAAGAGUAGAGAUGUCUUCUGGCAGAAGCCGGCGUGGUGGUGGCGGCCGUCGACCGGGUCCACGAUAUUCCAGAUCCUGGUCCAGAAGCCCGAAGCGAUCAUCGUUUAGCCGGUACUCGAGGUCAAGAUCACGCAGUCCUCGCAGGAGAUCGAUGACCCGCAGCCGUAGCCGAGAUCGUCGCUCACGUUCGGACUCCCGUGACAGACGUUAGGUGCUAAAAGUGUUCGAGAGACAAUGGACCGACUUAAUCGUCCGGACGGAAGAUAAAAGAACGAUAUAAAGCGAAAGACAAUUUUGUAUGUACAUAAAUAUCAAUCGUUAGCCAUACGCGUUACACGUUACAUGCACUCGCACACGUACAUCAUGCACGUUUGCCGAUUAUGAGUGGACAACCAUUUGCAAAAAAGAAAACGGGAGGAAAGCAAAAGCUAUUUCGACGAACUUUGUGGAUUUUAUGUAAUUCAAUGUUAGGCUAUAUUUGUCUUGUAAGUUUUACAUAUUAUUACAUAUAACAUAUUAUUAUUACACAUAAUACAUGCAUAUACAACACAUGCAAGAUGUGUGACCCACCGGAAAUUCCUUAGGCCUCGAAGCGUUUACGAUGCCACUUAUAAAGCCUUUGACGGUACGGUGAUAUAUGUAUGCAUGUAUGCAUGCAAUAUCAUGUACGCAAUAUCGUGCAUGCUGUUAAAUGCUUCGGAGCGUCUAGCGGAUCACAUCCACAAUUGAUUCGAUUAAUGUUGUCUGCCCCGCAGAUCUCCUGAGAUCUAUUCUUUUUUGCUGAACUAGUCUACACUUGUAGAAUUUAAAAAGAUAGCCGUAUUCAAUGGAAACUUUGUAUAAGAAAGAGGAGAACUCUAGUGGAAGCGAGUGCAUCCAGUUCAGUGAUAAAGGACAGACCUAUUAAUCCUUAUCGGUCGUAAAUCACCUCUCACGUGACAACAAUACUUCGUCGCUACGGUCGUACGUCACGUAGGAGGUGACAAGUUCGCAUAUUUAUCGAAACCAGCUAGUGAGAAUCACGCAUAAAAAGCUAUAGCGUCCGAUAAGGGUAAAUAAAGAGAGACCUCACUAUACCAGUUAUUUCGUUUGUCUGUUUUUUUUUUCGCAUUUUUAGAAAAAAAAAAAA